AUGGAGGCGAUUUUUAGCGAUGGUCCGAAAGGUGGCGACGAUUUAUGGUGGCAGCGAUUUCCCGCAAGUCUCUACGGCGCGAUAAUGUCUGAGAGUUUUAAUAAAGAAAUUCACAAUCCCCUUGCCUUCGGUAGGGAAGAAACUGAAAGUUAUGUGCUUAGAGUUUCUGAGCCAAUGAGGAGAGUGCCGAAUCGGAAGGUAUCGUGGAGGGGUUUAUAG